AUGUUGCAUCUCGCAUCUUCCCCAUCCUUAUCUUUAACCUAUCCCAGGAACAACCUUCACCAUCCUCGUUUUUCAACAAAACCUUCAGUUAAAACAUCAUUCUCCGUUCGUUGUUCGGUGCCACAUACAAAUAAUGAAACUAAAGUGGAAUAUACUCCUUGGCUCAUCGUUGGGUUGGGUAACCCUGGAAACAAAUACAAUGGCACAAGACACAAUGUUGGAUUUGAAAUAAUUGAUAGUAUUUCUCAAAAUGAAGGUAUUCUGAUGAAUACGAUACAGUCAAAGGCCUUGAUUGGAUUAGGUUCUAUAGGAGAAGUACCAGUUUUGUUGGCAAAGCCUCAAAGUUACAUGAAUUUUAGUGGCGAAUCGGUUGGGCCGCUUGCUGCAUAUUAUCGAGUGCCCUUGCGUCAUAUUCUACUGGUUUAUGAUGAAACUAGUCUUCCGAAUGGUGUUUUGAAGCUUCAACCUAAAGGUGGACAUGGGCAUCACAACGGAUUGAAAAAUGUGAUGGGCCAUUUGGAUGGUUCUCGUGAUUUUCCACGACUUGCAAUCGGAAUUGGAAAUCCUCCUGGAACUAUGGACUUAAGAGCGUUUCUUCUACAAAAGUUCAGUUCGGUGGAAAGAAAGCAGAUUGAUGAGUCAUUGGAGCAAGGAGUUCAAGCUGUUAGGACCUUAGUGAUGAAUGGGUUUAACCAUCAUGUGAAUAGAUUCAACAUAGGGCAAAAAUACAAGUACAAUAAAGUUUAA